GGCGGGGCGGGCCGGCCAUGGCGACGGCCGGGGACCUCUACGUGUCAUCUUAUAUGCCUUACACAUGUGCAUGCCCACCCAGCAGGAUACAUGUACUUGCAGAACCCAAGCCACUAUAUUGUGAAAGCAGUCCCACGCUUGUAUGGGGAAACCAAGAGACGAUAUGGACUGUCUCAGGGGGUGCUUUGACAGCUCGACCAUCUGCAAGAGUAUUGUAUCUGUCCAGGCCCAAGAAAGAUUUUAGCAAGUACCAGCACAGAUCAGUGAUCGGUGGGCGUGCCCUGCUAACAAAAUAUGGCUACCCUUCUGAACGGCUGCUGAGGUUGGCUGAACCUAAAAAAUUCCUGCCUGCUUUCCUGGAGAAAAGAGCCCGCGAGUCCCCCGAGUGGCCUGUGUCCCUGGCUGCACAGAACUAUAAUCCCUCCAAGCGGAUACUGGAGCUUGCCCAGCCGAAGGGGCUGCACCCAGACUUCGUGCCACCCAGAGAGGUGCCAGCACAGAUUUCCAGCUUUGCAAUCAAGGCCAGUGCAUCGGCACGUAUCCAGAAACUCGCAGAGCCCUUGGUCAAGGAGCUGACCUGCUGCACUAGGCACAAUGCACCUGGUUCUGUCAUCUCGAUGGUUUCCAGGUCGCCUCGGAAGGUAGUUGCGAGCCCUCGGACCAUUGAGCUGGCUAAGCCAAGACAACUCCCCUCUAACUUCAAGCCCCCGCGAGAUGCUGAGUGGCCUGUGUCCGAGGCUGCCAAGCGCGCAGUGGCUACACCAAGGCUCUUGGAACUGUCCCAGCCUACCUCAAGAUUUCGUAUGGGCUUGACUGCCCUCAACCCAGAUGCAUUCAGAGUGAAGGAGGCUGCUUUGAAGGCUGUGUGUUCUCAGCGGCUCCAUGAACUAGCUCAACCAGUUCGGCGCUAAUCUCCCUCAGAAAAUCUCCUGCCAUCUGCCCUUGGAACAUCAUCCCUUGGAAACAUCACUCUCUCCAGGCUGUGCUGUGGCUGGAAAAUCUCCUUGAACACAGCACAGAGGCAGCACUCAGCAGGAACACUUUCAAAUAAAACCAUCAUUCCUUAAGAAUAGUCAUCAGGGAAAAUUAACAGAAUUCAACCUAAUGUGGGAAGACUCUCUCGCUAGGAUGGGUUAUGUCUGGAGUUUCUCUCUUGAUUGUUUUGCUGCAAUAGUUUAAGAAAUAAUGAAACAACUGCUGGGGGAAGGCAACACAGGAACUGUCCUUUCACACAGAGAAGUGUGGCAAACCAAAUCCAAGAGCAUGCAGUAAGUUGAUGCAACACAACUCCUAAAUUAGGGUUUAAAUUUUUUUUCUAAAGUUGAAACAUCAAAAGUUUUGUGCUGUGGCUGAAGUAGAAAUACAAAAGGCUGCAAAGUAUGUUGACUUGGCUUGGAUCUGGGACCUGUUUUCUCAAAUGCCUGGAAAACAGGCAGAUCCAGUUAUGUAGGUGGGUUAAAGCUGUGUGGUUCAGAUACUCAGCUGUGUGACCCUGGGCAAAAUGAAAGAGUUCUGCACUGGGAUUUUUGGAGCCUAACUCAGAAAAAGCAAAGUUCCCCUCAGUGUAAGAGAGAAGGCAAGUUGCAAAGGCUAAGCAGAAAAUAAGUAUUGAUGCCUGAGUCUGCAGAGCAAAUCCUGAGCUCUAGUCGGGUCUGUGGGUGAGUCAGUUUGGCAGCUGGAUUGCAGGGGAACAACAGCCUGUGCGGGGCAUGACA